ACCUACUGACAAUCCACAACAGUUCUAUGUGUCAGUAGUGACAAUUGUAAUAUCCAGAAAUAUCGUUUCCAUACAGAAGAGUGACACCGUGCUUUCCGGUUUCCGGUUGUGGAAGUAGCUGUCACUCUGUCAGUGCGGGGAAUCGUAGGGUUCGUUAUGGAGCCGCAGGGGAAGCCAGCUCCAAUGCGUCCUGAGACGUGUCUGGUGCAAAAGAACCGGAGAGCCACCCUGGAGCGAGUGGAAAAAUUCAUCUCUGAUUUGUAUUUUACUGACUGCAACUUAAGGGGAAAGUUGUUUGGUGCGACAUGUCCACUGGAUUCCAUUUCUUAUUACUUAACGCAAAAACGGAUUCCUUACGAGCAAGCAAUAAAGCAAGAGUUUCAACCGGCGCAGAUUGGAAAGAUCUUUGGCCCUACAUGGUGGACCUGUUGGUUUAAAGUGCAGCUGACCAUCCCUAAAGACUGGGUAGGGAAGGAAGUGCAUCUAAUAUGGGAAAGUGAUGGCGAGGGAAUGGUAUGGGUGGAUGGAGAGCCAGUCCAGGGGCUAACCAAGGAGGGGGAGAAAACAAGCUACAUGUUGACCAGUGAACUGAAAGAACAGGAUCCACACUGCAUGACUGUUUACAUUGAGAUGGCUUGCAACGGGCUGUUUGGUGCUGGGCAAGGUGGUAUGAUAGCACCAGUGGAUCCACACAAAAUGUUCUCUCUGCAGAAGGCUGAGCUUGCAGUGUUCAACCGAGAUGUGCAAGAGCUACUUCUCGAUUUUGAAAUUAUAUAUGAUCUGGCCAGGUUGCUUGGCGAAGAUAAUCAGAGAAGUUUUCAGGCCUUGUAUGUGGCCAAUCAGAUGAUUAACCUGUGUGACGUGAAUGACCAUAGCUCGUUCGGUGCUGUGCACAAGUUAUCUUCCUCCUUUUUCAGCCAGAAGAAUGGAGACAGCCAGCAUGUUAUCUGUGCCAUGGGCCACUGCCACAUUGACUCUGCUUGGCUCUGGCCUUAUGAAGAAACCAUCAGAAAAUGUGCACGAAGCUGGGUGACUGCGCUUCAUCUGAUGUCGAAAUACCCAGACUUCAUGUUUACAUGCUCUCAAGCUCAGCAGUUGGAAUGGGUAAAAAAAUGGUAUCCUGGAUUAUUUGACAAAAUUAAGGAAUAUGCCAGGCGUGGACAGUUCAUACCUGUUGGUGGUACUUGGGUGGAAAUGGAUGGAAACCUCCCAAGUGGUGAAUCCAUGGUGCGACAGUUCCUGCAGGGUCAACAUUUCUUUCUUGAGGAGUUUGGCAAGAUAUGCUCAGAGUUCUGGUUACCAGAUACUUUUGGAUAUUCUGCUCAGUUGCCCCAGUUAAUGAAUGGCUGUGGGAUCAAGCGUUUCCUUACUCAAAAGCUCAGCUGGAGUCUAGUGAAUGCAUUCCCACAUCAUACAUUUCAUUGGAAAGGCAUUGAUGGUUCUGAGGUUUUGGCUCAUUUUCCUCCUGGAGAUUCAUAUGGAAUGAAAGGCACUGUAGAGGAGAUUUUGAAAACUGUGAAGAACAAUAGGGAUAAAGGUCGUAUCAAUACUAGUAUGUUCCUCUAUGGCUUUGGGGAUGGAGGAGGAGGGCCUACAGAAAAAAUGCUAGGGAGGUUGAAAAGGAUGGAAAAUACAGAUGGUUUACCCAGAGUCAAGCUGUCAACUCCAGACACUUUCUUUUCUGCAGUGGAGACUGACACUUCUCAGCUCUGCACUUGGGUAGGAGAAUUGUUUCUUGAGUUACACAAUGGGACGUAUACCACGCAAGCUCAGAUUAAGAAAGAGAACCGGCGAUGUGAGCAGUUACUCCAUGAUGUGGAAAUCCUCGGCUCUAUUGCCCUUGCUCAGAACAAGUCAUUUGCUUAUCCCAGUGCUAAACUGCAGCACCUUUGGAGGCUCCUGUUGUUAAAUCAGUUUCAUGAUGUGUUACCUGGGAGCUGCAUUGAAGAGGUGGUUGAUGAUGCUCUAAAGAUCUAUGAAGAAAUAAAAACUGAAGGAGCUGAGCUUCUAAGAGGAUGUAUUGAAGCUGUGCUCAAAACACCUUACUUGAUACAACCUGUUGCCAGUCAGCCUGUCGCUGUAAUAAACACAUUGCCUUGGGAGCGAACAGAAGUCAUUUCUUUGACAGGAGCUUCAGGAGAUCAAAUACUGGGCCUAGUGAAGGUGCCUGGUAUGGGUUAUGUAGUAAGGCCUGAAAACAUUAGCCCCAGUCCUCUGGUCGCUGUUCUGAGGGAGGAAGAUAACUCUAUAACAAUGGAUAAUGGUAUCCUCCGCGCCAACAUUGAUUCAGUGGGUCGUUUAACUUCCCUGCAAUUGCUGGCCAGCAACAGAGAGUCUGUUCCUGAAAACUGCUAUGGAAACCAGUUUGUGUUGUUUGAUGACAUCCCCCUUUAUUGGGAUGCUUGGGAUGUCAUGGAUUAUCAUCUAGAAACCAGAAAGCCAAUAACAAAUCUCAGUAGUAAAGUGGAGAUUAGCAGCAGUGGGGGACUGAGAGGAGCCGUCACAUUCUCUUUGCAAAUAAGUGAGAAGAGCACAAUCGUACAGGAGAUAGCCCUCGAUGCUUUAUCUCCUUACAUCACAUUUAAUACCAAGGUGAAAUGGCAGGAGGCUCACAAAUUCCUGAAGGUGGAAUUUCCAGCCAAGGUGCAGAGCUCAAAUGCAACCUACGAGAUUCAGUUUGGUCAUCUUCAGAGGCCAACUCACAGAAACACGUCUUGGGACUGGGCCCGAUAUGAGGUUUGGGCUCAUCGCUGGAUGGACCUCUCUGAGCAUGGUUUUGGAGUAGCUUUACUGAAUGACUGUAAAUAUGGUUGCUCUGUACUGGGAAAUGUUCUAAGCCUGUCACUUCUAAGAGCACCAAAGUCGCCAGAUGCCACUGCAGAUAUGGGCGAUCAUGAAUUUUCUUAUGCACUUAUGCCACAUGUGGGAUCAUUUCAGGAAGCUAGAGUUAUCCAGAGUGCAUACAGCUUCUGUUUUCCACUCCUCACCACUCAGUCAUCAUCAUCUGUACAACCCGUUUCUUGGAGUGCCUUUACUGUCCUUUCCCCAGCAGUGGUCUUAGAAACAGUCAAACAGGCAGAGAAUCAGCCUAACUCUCUUGUGCUGAGGUUAUACGAGUCUUACGGAAGUACUGUGGAUACCUGGCUGCAAACCUUUCUCCCUGUGAAAGAUGUAUUCUUGUGUGAUCUACUAGAACGCCCUUACAGCACACCGCAACUUACACUGGGGGACAGAGGCAUCAAGCUGUCCUUCACACCAUUCAAGGUGCUGACUGUCCUGUUAGUUCUGAAUAGAUGAAUCCAAAUAUCCAUAUCUGGAUCUUUUGGAAUGUUUAAUACAUUCUCUGAAAUUGUUUAAUGACAAGUUUCUCUAAAACAAAAGCUUACUUUAUAACAUUUUGGAAUAAUAGUCUUUACAAUGAAUGCAUUUGUAGACCAAGAGCAUUCUCCUCAAAGGGCAUUCUCUACGUUUACAUUUUCUCUAACCUUAAAGGCACCAUCUACUUCUACUAUAGAAGAAUGCAUGCUCUGUUUAUCCUUUAAUAUGUAUUCUUCCAAAACAAAAAAAAAUUAAAAAGCGAUUUCCUG